AUGUUCCAGGUGCUGUGUGGGGCAGUGGCGGGCGCAGGCGACAUGAUGGGAAACGCGAGCCGCGUGCGCCGCGCACCCCAGCCGCACCACUCCCAUCGCGUACUGCCAGACGAAGAAUUAGACGCGACGGCGGCGUGGAAACGGUCGCAUUGGCGCGAAAUGCAAACAAUUUUAAGGAAGGAGGGCUCCCAAAAAGAUGUUGUAGAGUGCUGUCCGUCCGUCCUCGAAAUGGUAGCCAAGAAGGGCGGUCGGACGCCAACCGGGCUCUAUGUAGAGUUAUACGAGGACGGUGAACACAAGCAAAGGCUGUACGAACUGUCGUGUGCCCCCGAGGUCGUCGACAUGCCGUGUCGGUUUGUGGACGCCCGACUUUACAAUCAAUCUAGGUGCGUGCAAAAGUAUUCCUAUUCAUACGCUCUAGUUAGAUAUUCUUCUGCAAUUGACAUGCAGAAACAUCGUCCUGAAGGACAUUUUUCGGUACCCGGUUCCGGCGGUUGGUCUAUGGAUUACGUCAAAGUGCGGGCCGGCUGCGAAUGCCAAAUAACGCCCCCGAAAAGAAAAAAUCCUCACAGAAAGAGACUAGAAAGGCAUAGACAAAGGAAGCGGAAUAGACGUAUAGAUGAAGACGAUGACACU